GGAUCAGAUCUGAUUUUUCUGGGGCUUCAUCAAACGCGCGCGCUCAGGGCGGGUCGUGUGACGUCACGCUCGCGUCCACGGACCAGACGCUCGGCGAGUCAGCGGAUGUUUGCACCUCAAAACACACAUAAAACCAUCACUUAAAGCGGAACGACGGGAACACAUAACGCGGGGAGAUGUCUGUGGCGGGGCUGAAAAAGCAGUUUCACAAAGCGACUCAGAAAGUCAGUGAGAAGGUCGGAGGAGCUGAAGGCACCAAACUCGACGAUGAUUUCAAAGAAAUGGAAAAGGUUGAACGUCUGGCUCUGCUGGACGCCGGUGAAUCCAUGCGUGAGCUCGGUGAGGUGAAAGACGCUUUAGAUAUAACCGUCAAACAGAACUUCAUAGACCCGCUGCAGAACCUGCACGACAAAGAUCUCCGAGAGAUUCAGCAUCAUCUGAAGAAGAUGGAAGGCCGCCGUCUGGACUUCGAUUAUAAGAAGAAGCGUCAGGGGAAAGUGAUGGACGAUGAACUCAAACAAGCGCUGGAGAAAUUUGACGAGUCUAAAGAGAUCGCGGAGCAGAGCAUGUUUAACCUGCUGGAGAACGACGUACGGCGUUGUAUUAACUACCACUCAUACUUCAAAAGUGCCUACACUACCGCUCAGCUUUCGUUCUGUCGCUCAGCUCCGUUGGAUCAGCCGUGCUGUCGCGCGCUGUACGACUUCAAGCCGGAGAACGAGGGCGAGCUCGGCUUCAAGGAGGGAGACAUCAUCACUCUGACCAAUCUGAUCGACGACAACUGGUACGAGGGCAUGAUCCACGGCCAAUCAGGGUUCUUCCCCAUCAACUAUGUGGACAUCCUAGUGCCUCUGCCUCACUAGGCUCCGCCCACCCCCGCUGUUGCCUAGCAACCCAACAGCCGCCUUUAUCGUGCAUCUGUGCUACAGCUUCACUUCCUGUUCCUGUCGAUCAGUGACUCGGAGGAUUAUGAUGAUGUUGAGGAGGAUUAUAGACAUUACGGAGUCCCGUCUGAGUGGAGAAACGGUUCAAGUGCUCAGUGUGUGUGAGUGUUUGCGAUCCUGGACUCUUCGUUUAUAUUGUUUUUCUUGUGUUUCAGAUUAUUUAUUUGUACUUCAUAAGGGAACUAGCGCUUCACUCUUCUGAUCAACCUCACUUAGUCCAGCUCUAUCCCAGCAUGCUUAUAGGAAAGUUCUGGAUCUCCAGAUGUGUGUUUGAUUGCGCCGCUGCUCUCUCUUCGUCACACACGUUAAAUCUUUUUCACCUUGCUAAGCAGCGAACAACAAGAUGCUGUUGUGAUUGGUUAAUUUUAUUGCUUGCUGAUGCAUUUUGGCUUUGGCUCAGAACAGAAAUGAUGCUCCUGUGCUGCAAAAGUGAUGUUUUUUCCUCAGUGUUUUUGUAUU